AAUUGCUUGCUUUCGCAGCUACUUUUGCCCUUCGCCCUCGUUUCUCAAACGAUUUAACGCUUACCCAUAUCCCCUGAAACGCGGCGAAGGACGAGCUUUGUGCUCCGAUUGAUAGCCCACCAUAGUCGAGCUCUUGGAUCUUCAAUCGCUUCUCAAACUUCUCUCACAGGGAUAUUCAAUCAGUACUCCUGCUCUUGAAGAAUUGCUGGAAACCAUCAGCUACUAUCAGUGUAGCAAGGUUCCAGUUACUGGCUGAGAAUGCAUCCUCCUUUGACAUUACACAGGCACCCAAUGUGUGCUGAAAUUAUUGAACAGUUUCAAAAAUGUCAUGUUGACCAUCCUGUUUUAAAAUUCCUUGGAGAGUGUACAGAACUGAAAAUUAAGCUCGAUCGCUGUUUCAGAGAAGAAAAAGCUUUGAAGCGAAAAGAGAACUUUGAGCAGAGUCAGAAGCUGAAGGAGAGGCUACAAGCUCACAGGAGGGUACUUGCAGAGAAAAACCAAGAAUAAGUAAAUAGUUUUACAAUUUGAUGAUGAGAGACUAGUUCAAAGCUGUGAAUAUUAUUAUUAUUAAUUUUUUUAUACAAGUGUUCAAACCAUCAAAAGUCACAUUGAUUAUUAAGGUUGAAGGAAAUCCAUUCAAGGGGAACAAGAAAGGUUAUUUA